AUGGGUCUCGAGGUCGGCUUCUGCGAGUCGGACAUGACGGGCUUCUCGCUCACGCAGCCGGCGGACCACAUCGAGCGCUGGUCGCUGCCGCAGGACAACGGGACCCACCUCGAGAUCCCCUGGAUGCCGCACGGGCGCGCCUGCGGCAUGAACGUCACGGGCUACUACGUCGACGUGAAGACGUCGGCGUCGUUCCUCAACCUCUUCGUCCACGCCUUCGGGUCCUUCCCGCAGGACAUGUGCGACCCCAGGGGGUCCAAGGCGCGCGCGGCGACGUCCGCGACGGCGCCGACGUGCUCGCCCUACGAGGACCGGUGCCGCGAGCGGGAGCGGCUGGCGACCUUCGUCAUCCCGUCGGCGCUGCGCCAGCUCCUCCACCUCGACAUCGAGGUCGUCGUGCGCGCGUCGGGCACGCUCGCGCCCCCGAACGGCGGCGCGCCCGAGCCCGUGACGCACUGGUGCCACGUCUACCGGAAGGCGAAGGGCCCCUCGGCGGACGAGCCCCUCGCGCUGGCGCCGCGCAAGUGGUGGUCGCCGAAGACCUGGCGGAAGACGCCGGCGCCGGGCCGCGCGCCGUUCCCGCCGUCCGCGGCGCCGCCGACGGGCGUCGUGGCGGACGCGUUCGCGUUCCACAGCGACCGCAUGGCGUCGCUCGAGCCGGCGCUCGUCGCGGCGUCGGCGCCGGUCUACGUGGCGCUCUGCUACCUGGCGCGGCGGCGGCGGCGCGGCGCGAAACAGCGCGCGCCGGGCGCCGUGUGCUUCGCGCUGCUGCAGCUACUCGUCGGCGUCGCGAUCCCGGCCCUCUUCGUCUCCGUGGGCCGCUCCGCGGCCGCCGCCGACCUGGGCCUCGGCGGGCCGAAGGUGCUCGUAGCGAUCAUCGCCCAGGCCGUCGUCGCCUACUCGCUCUGGCCGCGGCUCAAGGACGCGAAGAACGCGUUGAAGGCCUCGGCGGUCACGACGGCGAAACGCGUCCGCCGCAUCGCCAAGACCUACGUCGUCAAGGGCAAGACGCGCACGGAGGACGUCGUCGUCGAGGACGUGCGCACGAAGCUGCUGGACCACGAGAGCGACACGGACGACGACGAGGACACCGCGGACCUGAACGCGCUGGACGACUGGCUCGUCGACACGGAUCGCGGCGCCAAGGCGCCGCCGGUCAUGCCCGCGGCGCCGCCGCCGCCGCCGCCGAAGCCCGUGAGUUUGGCGCCGGUGCUCGCCUACCACGCCCUCGGCGCGGGGCACUACGGCUACCUCUUCUGCUGGUGCGAGCCCGCGCUCGGCCGCGCGUUCGGCCCCGCGCCCGCCGCGCUCGCGACGCUCGCCGUCGCGCUCCUCGGCGACGACGCGCCCUUCUCGGCGAACCGCGCCUACGCGCUCGGCGCCCUCUGCGGCCUGCCGGCCCUCCUCGGCGGCUCGCUCCUCGCCGCGGCGCCCGUCGCCUACGCCGUCGACGCCGCGGCCAACGACGUCGAGCGCGGCGUCGACCUCCCCGACGCCCGCGACGCCAACCACCGCCUCGCGGCCCUGCUCCUCCUCGCCCUCGCGGCCGCGCUGCUCCAGUUUUAA